AUGGCGAACGAGGAUACGAUCCUCUUCAAAUCGUCCGACAACGUCGAGCUCCGAUUGUCCCGCGAGGCGGUGAAACACUCGACGAAUCUGCGGAUGAUGUUCGAAGACGUCGGAGCGACGACGAGUCCGUUGCCGGUCACGGUUGCCGACGGAAAGACCCUCCUCAAGAUUUUCCAGUGGAUGGAGCACUACAAAAACGAGCCCUUCCUGGUGAGGGCGAUUUCUUCGAAAAUUCGCUGAAAAGUGCGAGAAUUCCUACUUUUAAGUCGAAAACCUACCAAACCCUUCUUAUAGCUAUUGACUGUAAACCGCUUCUUGCAGGAAAAAGACGACCAAGACGAUCAGUUCGAAAUUCCGGCGUGGGACAAAUGCUUCUUCGCGAAUAUCACCCGACAGGAGCUGUUCGACCUCACGACCGCAUCGCACGACCUCGGGAUGCACCAGUUGAUGGUCGUUCUCUGCAAAAUGGUGGCGGAUUCGAUCAUCUAG